AAGAAAAGAAGUUUGGGUUGUUAGAGUCACAGCAGUGGUAAGAGUUACACAACGACUUUAGUUUUUUAUUGGCUAUAAAUUGGUCCUUACUCCUUACAAAUAAAUAGGGAUCUUGUACUCAAAGCUCUAUCACUUUGACUGUGGGUUCUGUUUGUAUCCCGAGAAAUUAAGAGGAAGAAAGAGAAGGAACCAAAUGGCGCCUGUAGGAGGUUUCGCCGUUACCGGAGCUGGCAGCGAUUUCAAAGGCAAGAUUACUGUGUCAGUGUUAAUCACCUGCAUCGUUGCUGCCUCUAGUGGCCUCAUAUUUGGAUAUGACAUCGGUAUUUCAGGGGGUGUGACAACAAUGGUACCAUUUCUUCAAAAAUUCUUCCCUUCAAUACUGAGAAAAGCAGCAGAGGCCAAAACAAAUAUGUAUUGCAUGUAUGAUAGCCAGGUUUUAACAUCAUUCACAUCUUCGCUAUACAUAGCAGGGUUAGCAGCAUCACUUGUAGCUAGCCGGCUCACAACAACAUUGGGCCGCAAAAAUACCAUGGUGCUAGGUGGCUGCACCUUCCUUGUAGGUGCUGCCAUCAAUGGUGGGGCAGCCAAUGUUGCUAUGCUCAUCUUGGGUCGUAUCUUGCUCGGAUUUGGGGUUGGUUUCACUAACCAGGCAACUCCCGUGUACCUCUCAGAAGUGGCACCACCUAGAUGGCGAGGUGCAUUCAAUACAGGUUUCCAAUUCUUCAUAGGAAUUGGGGUGGUUGCAGCCAAUUGCAUAAACUAUGGCACUGCUAAGCACAGUUGGGGUUGGCGCCUCUCCCUUGGCCUUGCGAUUGUACCCGCUGCUAUAAUGACAACAGGUGCACUUCUCAUAUCUGACACACCUAGCAGCCUAGUGGAACGUGGCAAGCUUGCACAAGCUAAGAAAUCGCUUGCUAAAGUCCGAGGCAAAGACACUGAUGUGGAACCUGAACUGGCUGAUCUUAUUAAGUCAUGUGAGAUUGCUAAAACUGCUAAUCAAGAGCCAUUCGUGACCAUAUUUGAGAGACAAUACCGGCCUCACCUUGUGAUGGCAGUUGCAAUACCAUUUUUUCAGCAAGUCACUGGGAUUAAUAUAAUUGCAUUCUAUGCACCGGUUCUUUUCCAAUCGGUUGGUUUUGGUAGUGACUCGGCCUUAAUAGCAUCCAUUAUACUAGGGGUGGUCAACUUGGGAUCAAUCCUUGUGUCUACAUUCGUGGUUGAUCGGUAUGGUCGAAGAUUUCUUUUCAUACUGGGUGGGAUUCAAAUGUUCGUCUGCCAGGUCGCGGUGGCUUGUGUUCUAGAAGCUACAACAGGUGUUUCUGGCACCAAGCACAUUUCAAAGGGCUACGCUAUAUUAGUACUCGUGCUAAUGUGCACCUAUGCAGCUGGAUUUGGUUGGUCAUGGGGUCCUCUAAGCUGGCUCAUUCCAAGUGAAAUAUUUCCUAUGAAAAUACGGCCCACAGGCCAAAGCAUUAGUGUUGCUGUCAAUUUUGCAACCACUUUUGUGUUAUCCCAAACAUUUUUAACCAUGCUAUGCCACUUCAAAUUUGGUACUUUCCUGUUCUAUGCCGGUUGGAUUGCAGUUAUGACCAUUUUUGUUGCAUUUUUCUUGCCGGAGACAAAAGGAAUCCCUUUGGAUUCAAUGUAUACAGUGUGGGAGCAGCAUUGGUAUUGGCGUCGGUUCGUCCAAAGGCAGCCUAGCCAAAAUUCAUAUGAUGGGAAGUGAUUUUCACACUCCUUACCGUAGAUCCUCUCUGUAUAUUAUUCAUUCCACAUUUUAAAUGUAGACAUCAUGUAUGAAAUAAUGUACGUUGUGUGUACAGAGUGUACAUCAAGAAGUAUGAGAAGACAAAUUACCAUUAUUUGAAAAUAUGCUUUACUGUGGCUCUUUAAUGGGUGGAGAAAUCCUGACUUGGCAUCAAACAACUGCCUAUCCUUAAUGUGCACCACUGUUUACAACAAUAAAAUAGUUUGAUGAUAAAUUGCAAA